GCCAACCUCCCCCUGGGCCACGAGACCGCGGACAACUCCCCAGGAGGACUGGAGGUGGGCAUGGGGCAGGGGACCCUCCUGCAGGUCCUGGCCUGGGCCACCACAUCAGGUCCUGCCAACAUAAGGCUGGUGAAUGGCCCCGACUCCUGCACAGGCCGGCUGGAGGUGUUUUACAAUGGCACCUGGGGGAUGGUGUGCGACGACCACUGGGACCUCAACGGAGCCCGCGUGGUCUGCCAGCAGCUGGGCUGCGACAGCGCUGUCGGCGGAGCUCGCUACGGGCAAGGAGCAGGCCCCAUCAGGCUGGACAACGUGCGCUGCGCCGGGAUGGAGGCCACCCUUUCCAAGUGUCCGUCACGCCCCUGGGGAAGCCGCAACUGUGGGCGCGGUGAAGAUGCCAACGUUGUGUGCUCAGGUUCAACUCAUACCAGGCUGAUGAAUGGCUCAAGUUUCUGCACUGGCAGAGUUGAAAUCCUCCACAAUGGCAAAUGGGGCACCGUGUGCGACAACAGCUGGAGCCUGAUGGACGCCGAAGUGGUGUGCAGGGAGGUGGGCUGCAGCCAAGCACUGUCAGCUCUGUUCAGGGCUGCCUUCGGGCAAGGAUCGGGGCCCAUUUGGCUGGACAAAGUGACCUGUGCUGGGACAGAGGCUGCCCUUUCUCUGUGCCAGGCCAAGUCCUGGGGAAGCCAUAACUUCAACCAUGGAGAGGAUGCUGGCGUUGAAUGCACAGGCUAUCAUAAACCAACUCAGGUCCGACUGGUGAAUGGCUCCAGCCGCUGCUCAGGGCGAGUCGAAGUUCACCACAACCAGGAGUGGGGGACAGCGUGCGAUGACAACUGGGACCUGAGCGAUGCUGAGGUGGUGUACCGGCAGCUGGGCUGUGGGCUGGCUGUGUCAGACCCUGGCAGGGCUCUGUUUGGGCAAGGACACGGUCCCAUCUGGCUGGAUGAGGUGAGCGGCACAGGGAUGGAAGGUGCCAUCACUGAACGCAGCUUCAAGCGCUUGGGAGGCCAUAACUGCAACCAUGGUGAAGGUGCAGGUGUCAUAUGCUCAGGUAAGCCUAACCCCACAGAGCUACGGCUGGUGAAUGGCCUGAAUCACUGCGCUGGGCGCCUCGAGGUGCUUCACAACCAGCAGUGGGGAUCCGUGUGUGACAACGACUGGGACGUGGAGGAUGCCGAAGUGGUGUGCCGGCAGCUGGGCUGCGGCGCUCCAAUCUCUGCUCCAGGCUGGGCUAGGUUUGGCAUCUGGCUGGAUGAGGUGAACUGCACAGGGAGCGAGUCCGCCCUCUCCGAAUGCAGGGCCAAGCCAAAAGGAGUCCACAAGUGCCACCAUGGAGAAGAUGCUGGUGUGGUGUGCUCAGGUAGCUGCUCUUCCAUGAAGGUCUGGCUGGUGAAUGACUCAGAUCACUGCUCUGGGAGAGUUGAGGUGCUGCACAACCAGCGAUGGGGAAGUGUGUGCGAUGAUGGCUGGGACCUGGAUGAUGCAGAAGUGGUGUGCCAGCAGCUAGGCUGUGGGAUGGCCAUAGCUGCUCCACCCAGAGCUCAGUUUGGGAUGGGGUGCGAGCCCACCUGGCUGGACGAUGUGAACUGCACCGGCACCGAGGCUGCCCUCUCCAAGUGCAGGGCCAGACCAUGGGGAGAGAGUAACUGCAACCACCAAGGAGAUGCCAGCGUGGUGUGCCAGGGUAAGCCACCUCGACCAACUCAGCUCCGACUGGUAAGCGGCUCCAGCCACUGCUCCAGGAGGGUCAAAGUGUUUUAUAACCAACAGUGGGGGACAGUGUGUGACAACGGCUGGGACCUGAGCGAUGCCAAGGUGGUGUGCCAGCAGAUGAGCUGUGGAGAGGCCGUGUCAGCUCCAGGCUUAGCUCAGUUUGGGCCAGAGUCCGACCAUAUCUGGCUGAGUGAUGUUGAGUGCGCAGGGGCAGAAGCUACCUCUGAAUGCCGGUCCAGCAUCAGGGAACCUAUUAAUUGCCACCAUGAGGAAGAUGCUGGUGUUGUGUGCUCAGGGUCUUCACUUCAUCCUGUUUCAUCCCCCGCAGUGUUGCGGCUGGUGAACGGCUCAAGCCUCUGUGCUGGCAGAGUUGAAGUGUUCCACAAGCAUCAGUGGGGAACUGUGUGUGAUGACAGCUGGGAUGAAGAGGACGCCGCGGUCGUGUGCUGGCAACUGGGCUGUGGGAUGGUGGUCUCAGCCCCUGGUGCAGCUUGGUUUGGGCAAGGGAGCAAUACCAUCUGGGUGGACAACAUGAACUCCACGGGGAGAGAGGAGACCUUCUCAGAGUGCCUGUCCAGGCCAUGGGGGACACACAACUGUGACCAUGGGGAAGAUGCUGGUGUGGUGUGCUCAGACCCAGUUGCUCCCCAGCGAGUGCCCCUCCGCCUGUCAGAUGGCCCACACCGCUGCGCCGGCAGGGUCGAGGUCUUCUAUGAGAACCGAUGGGGAACGGUAUGCGAUGACCACUGGGACCUGGAGGAUGCUGGCGUGGUGUGCCGGCAGCUGGGCUGUGGCGUGGCACUGUCAGCCCCCACGGCCGGGCAUUUCAGGGGAGGGACCGGUCCCAUCUGGCUGGACGAUGUCAACUGCACGGGGAUGGAGGUCGCCCUGUCUUACUGCAGGACAAAGGGCUGGGGAAGGAACAACUGCCACCACGGCGAAGAUGCUGGCGUGGUGUGC